CUUCCGUGACGAGUGUCUCUCGGAGUCAGAGGUCUGACAGAGGUCUAGAACAAGAUGCUGUUUGAGGACACAGACUUCCCAGCAAGUGACUCGGCGCUGUAUUACAAAGGCAACUCGCAAUCGGGGGAUGUUGGACAGAUAGUCUGGAGAAGACCACAGGAGCUUGUAGAGUCCCCAGUGCUGCUGCCUGCUGACGGUGACUUGUGUGUGCAGGAUGUGGUGCAGGGGAGGCUGGGAGAUUGCUGGUUUCUGUGUGCCUGUGCUGCUAUUGCACCACACAGACAACUCAUGCAGAGGGUAGCAGAAAGUUUCAACUCUUCUAUACCACCUACAACUGAAGCAUUGCAUGUUCUUACAGAGGUGCACCAGAAAACAUGGGGUGACCAGGAGUAUGAAGGGAAGUUCUGUUUCGUGUUCUGGAAGUUUGGGACGUGGACAGAAGUGACCGUUGACGACAGACUGCCAUGUCGAGACGGCAGACUGCUCUACUCCAGAUGUGCCAACAAACGUCACUUCUGGCUACCUCUGAUGGAGAAAGCCUAUGCCAAGUAA